CGACAACGCUUGGGUGGCGGUGAGCUUCGACCAACGGUUUGCGCCUGUUUGCAUCGCAUCAUCGUACUGGCGCCAUGGCGGCAACACGCGUGACCGAGCAGUUUCCGCCCAACUUGGAUGUGACCAAGGCACCUCUGGCGUUUGGACAACGUGCUUUGCCCAAGCUCAACGAAGAGUUGCAGGACGGCCAGUCCUUGGAAAUCAAGCUUCAGGCUCUCCGCAGCCUCAAUGACAAGCUUCGUUCCCCCACCAACAUUCAACAAGCCAUUGAUGCCGGCAUUGUCAAGAGUACACAGCAUCUACUCAAGGACCAGGAUGUGUUGGUCCGACAGCUCACCGUGCGUUUGGUGGGCCAUUUCACUCAACACUCGAUCGGGCGGACUGCGCUGCUGCAACAGGGCAUCCUACCCACGCUGUGUGAGCUAUACCACGAUACAGACGUCCUCGUGCGCCAACGUGCCCAUAGUGCCGUCCACAUGCUGACCACUACGGCACAGGGCACGGCAGCUCUUUUGGACCUGGCUCAGGUGGCCGUCCUGGUCUAUAAGCUGGAAGUGGAGCGCGAACAUGACAUUAUCCUAGUGCCGCUCUUGGAUACUCUGACGGCCAUUAUGAAAUUUGAUACAUCGGCUGUCCUGACCAGCCGUGGCAUCGACCAGUUUCUUGCUCUCUUUACCAAUGCCAACCCCCAGGUGGUGGCCAGCGCCGCCCGUGCUUUAGCUGAACUCUGCGUCAGUGCUGAAGGCAAACAACAGGCCGUGGAAACCCAGGCCGUGGACAAGCUCGUCCCUUUGCUGCAGCACACCAGCUCCCUGGUCAUCACGGCAGCAUGCAACGCUCUGGCCAGCAUUUGCAUCACCACGCCGGGCAAAGAGGCUUUUGCACAAUCAGACGCUGGCCUCGCCGCGCUUGUUCGCCUGCUCAGCAUGCCCAACGAGGACGUGCAGCUUGCUGCCAUCAAGGCCAUUCAUGUCACCUGUGAAGCCCCCACUUGCCGUGCUUACUAUCGAGUCAACGCUUUACAGCAGGGCCCAGCCACGCUGGCCCAGCUCCAAAACCUGAUCAAGCGGGAUAAGGAAGCCUAUGCCGAAGAGUUUUUUCAGCAGUACCGCCGCUAUGAGGCCAUGAGCCAGGUGUUCCGGCUCAAGCCGGAUAGCGCACAUGAAGACUUUGGCGAACUCGUCUCUUUCCUCAGCGCCGUGGCCCAUUGCUUUCCCGAUACCCUCAAGAAUCUGCCUCAAGAGCUGGCCGAGCUCCUGGAAAAGCACGCCGAGGUCCUGGACCCCGAGCUUCGAAUGACGCUGUGCCGAGCCCUGAUCCUGCUCCGUAACAAGGAUAUGAUCAAAUCAUCAGCCCUGCUCCAACUCUUCUUCACUCUCUUCCGCUGCCCCGACAAGCAGCUCCGCUCGACCUUGUACAACCACAUUGUAAACGAUAUCCGUCGUCUCAAUGCCAAACACCAAAAUCACGCCGUGAACAAAGCCUUGCAAAACUACAUGUUCACCAUGAUCAAUGAUCCCUGCCUUGUGGCCGCCCGCAAGUGUCUGGACGCCAUGAUCGAGCUCUACAACCGCAAUAUCUGGAAGGACGAUAAGUGCGUCAACGUCAUUGCCCAGGCCUGCCUGCACGAACAAAGCAAGAUUGCCACAACGGCCGUCAACUUCUUUCUCCAGGACAAGAUCGUGCAGCAGAUUGACGGCGACGACGAGGACGCCAUGAGCACAUACAAGGCCGCCAUGGCUGCCAACGAGCACAACCGCAAAACCGCCAAGCGGAAAAAACAGGCCAGCAAGGCCCUCAAGCAAGCCCAGCGCCAGGAGCGUAAACGCAACAACGUGCCUGUUUUCCAUUUCCAAGCCCUUCAUCAGAUUCACAACCCCCAAACGACUCAUGGCAUCAGUCUGCGGAUCUUUCGAUCAGGUUUUGCCGAGCGUUUGCUGGCAAAGUUGCGACAGUCCAAGAGUGACAAAUUUGACGUGCGCCUCAUGUACAUGAACCUCAUCAGCCGACUUGUCGGUGUUCAUGAACUGGUGCUGCUGAACUUUUACCCCUUCCUUCAACGCUACCUGCAACCCUACCAGCAAGACGUGACAAAGGUACUCACGUACCUGGCCCAGGCCUCGCACGAGUACGUCCCAGACGAUGCCCUGGAGAGCAUUCUUAAGACCAUUGCCGACAACUUUGUCACCGAGCGCUCCUCGCCUGAAUCCAUUGCCGUGGGGUCAGUGAUCGCUUUGCUUUUGUUUGGCUCUGCAAUCAACAUCCACAGCCUGCGUGACUUUUUCUCACCCGUACAAAUAUCCCUGCGAAUGCCCUUGCUGGGCCACUUAAACAGACUCAACUCCAUUGCGGCAAUUUGUGCCCGCUGCCCGCUGGCCAUGACCCAACCGCUCCUCGAGGAUCUCAUCCAGUACAAGUCAAGCAAACACAAAAUUGUUACUGCCGCUGCGCGGUCGCUUAUCCAAUUGUUUCGUGAGAAGAACCCCGAGUUACUUCCACGCAAGGAGCGAGGUCGCCCAGAUGGCCAGGAACAUGAGGUGUUGGGCUAUGGCGAAUCCAAACCACUGGACAUGGUGCCGGGUACCGAGCUGCUUUCUCUUUACGAAGAGGCCAAGGCCUCUGGUGAAAUCAUCGAGGAGGAGGGCGACGAUGGCUGGGAGACUGCCUCGGACGACAGCGAUGACGAAGCGGAUUGGGUUACGGUGGAGCACAGCGAUGACGAAGAUUCGGGCAAGGCAUCCAAGCGCGCCAAGAGCAAAGAUGACGCUGCCGUAUACAACGAGCAGCGUGAUGACCUGGUGCAAGACACCGUGGACAAGGCAACGCGUCUGCAGCGCGCCAAGGAGCUCUCCAUGAACAAGAUCUUGACGCAAGAAGAUUUUGAGCGCAUCAAAAAGCUACAGGCGCAGCAGAUGCUCCGACCCGCCUUUGGCGCCAAGACGACGGCCAAGGAGGAGCGCGAUGUGCUGAGGGAAGAAGACAUUUUGCCCGACGUUCGCAAGCGGCGCCAGAGCAAAGAAGAGCGUCUGGCUCAGAUCGAAGCUGGUCGAGAGGACCGUGGAAAGUUUGGCUACCGCAAGAGCAAGACCAACGAGUAUGCGAGCACCACCAACAAGGACAAGGCAAAGCGCAAGAACCCCAUGAUGCUCAAGCACGCGCGCAAGGCUGUGGAGAAGCGAGGUCGCGACCUGAGGACCAAGCAAAUCGAUGCCCGCAAGUCCAAGCAAAAAGACCAGCGCAAUCGCAAGUAGACCAUCUGUCGUGGUGCCCAUUGAUCAAUUCAUGUUGGUUAGAAGCCG